AUGCACCUGGUUGCCCAUAUUGUCGAAUUCAAACCUUUUUUCGAUAAUGCUGUCGAGAAGCUUGCCAUGCAUGAUCCCCCAAUGAGGUUUGGUAUGAUCGAUGGUAUACAAUACCCUAAUGCUAUCUUGAAGCACCAGAUACCGUACUAUCCAACAGUGAAGUUGUUCAUCGAUAGUCAAGAGCAUCAACUACCUCUCACCGAGAUGCAUGUUGGUGAUCCUAAAUGCGCUGCAAAAGUCGUUAAUUGGGUUAAUCGUUUUAUUCAUAAGGAUCAUGUGAUGGAGUCCGUAGGAGACUUUGAGAAGUUUGCCGAGAAUAAUCCUCUCCUUGCUAUUGGCCUCUUUAAUGAUGAACGAGAUGGGGAAUUUUUCAAACACUGUACGCGACACUUUGAUGAUGUGUUCUUCGCUAUAGCAUAUGGUCAGGUAGCUGAGGACAUCGUGGAUCAUCUAUACAACAGACGUAAAAUAAGCAGUAGACCGGCUGGAUUCCCUGCCAUCAUCCUACUCUACCUCCAUGAUGAUCAUCAUGCCAUCUAUCAAGGGGAGUUGGAUUAUCGCAAGGUUGACAACUUCAUCCUAUCAAGGAGGGUCCCACUGAUCACCGAAUACACCUCAGAAGGGGCUGAGACAUUACUAUCUAGUGGUAUGCCAGUACUGUACCUCAUCCGAGAUAAGGAUACCCAGGCGGGUAAGGAAGCCGAGGUUAACCUUAGAGAGCUUGCUAAGGACUUUCUUGGAAGUUUACUUUUCUCGGUGUGUGAUAUAUCUGGUGGACACCAUAUAGAUAAUUUAUUGAAUGAGCUUGGUGUUGAUCCUGUUGUAUCUGAUAACUUCGAGGAUAUCGUAAUGAAUGAUGAGCAUGAUGUCCUGGUAAACUAUUUCGCACCAUGGUGUGGUCAUUGUCGUCAACUAAGCGGAAUAUACUCAUCUCUUGGGGAGAAGGUGAAGCAUCUAAGCUCAACGUUGAAGAUUGUGAAGGUUGAUGCAACACAGAAUGAGCUGCCUUUCAGAGUAGAUGUUUUCCCGACCAUUGCGCUCUACCCAGCGGGGAGGAAACAUGCGCCGGUAGCAUUCCAUGGUCCCCGGACGGUAGAUCGGUUCAUUGAGUUCCUUAAGGAGAAUGCUGUACACCAACUAACAGACAAACCACCUGUUUACGAUGCAUAUGGGAAUAUGCAAACCCGCAAGACUUGUUUCGAUAAGUGCAUCGCUAAGAACGGACGCUUCGUUGACCAGUUGGGUAAGAAUGAGCAGAUAUGCUUGGCUAAGUGUAUGGAUCGAAUGUUUGAGUCCUAUUCUAUCGUUACCAAGGCCUCUGCGGAGAUGGCACAGAAUUUGCAGAGUUCUCUAGACCAGGAGCAGCAAUCAAGCUCCUCAAGUUUCUUGUAG